GCACAAGCCGGACGCGCGCAUCCGUCCGCAGCCGAUCGCCGGCGAGCUUCCCGGGGCGGAAAGGAGACGAAGGGGAGAGAGUUGCGGGGCGAUAUGGAGCUUCUGAUCGGCAGCCCGUUUGACAGCCCGGUGGGGCAGCGAAUCGAACAAGCUACGAACUCCACCCUCGAGUCUGAGGACUGGGCUUUAAACAUGGAGAUCUGCGACAUCGUCAAUGAAACCGAAGAGGGACCUAAGGAUGCCGUGAAAGCGAUAAAGAAAAGGAUUGUGGGUAACAAGAAUUUCAAAGAAGUCAUGCUGACACUGACGGUGCUGGAGGCAUGUGUGAAGAAUUGCGGACACAGGUUUCACGUGCUGGUGUCCGCGCGAGAGUUUGUGGAGGGGGUAUUAGUUCAGGCCGUAAUGCCCAAGAACAACCCGCCAAUGGUGGUGCACGACAGGGUUCUGGCCCUCAUACAGGCGUGGGCCGACGCCUUCCGCAGUUCCGCGUCUCUGACGGGUGUGGUCUCCGUGUAUGAGGACCUGAGGCGGAAAGGGGUGAAGUUUCCCAUGAGCACCUUGAACAGCGCAUCCCCGAUUCACACCCCGCAUAGGACCGUUCCGGAAGGCAGAUCAUCUGUCUCUGUGUCUGCUGCGGCCCCGGAUCCCCGCGAUGCCCCCGUGUCACCCCGGCAUCCUAUUUCACCGUCCAGAAAAGAGGGUUCCCUUCCGUUCUCUCCUGAUCAGGUGGAACUGUUGAGAGCUGAUCUGGAAGUGGUUCGGGGGAACAUGGCGCUGAUGUCGGAAAUGAUGAACCAGCUGGAACCGGGUCGGGUCCAGCCAUCAGACACCGAGCUGCUGCAGCAGCUGUACUCGGUGUGCCUGAACAUGCAGGGCCGUUUGCUGAAGCUCAUCCCCGUAGCCAGUGACGAGAAGCUGAUGGAAGAGCUGCUGGUGCUCAAUGACGAGCUAAACGGUGCCUUUGCCCGCUACAAUGGCUUCCAGAGACGUCUCAGCGGACAGAGUCCUGCUGAACAAACCCCUUCAGCUACCUACACCAACCUUGUGGACCUCGGUCCUGUACCCCAAGCUUUGCAUCAGCAGGAACACGCUGCUGUUUCCACCCAGCAGCUCGAAGGACGGUCGGCCAUCAGCAUGCUUUCCCACCAAAUGACCAGCCUUAGUGCCGGGCACGAUGACGGGCGUGCCGUGUUUACUCAGGCCGGGAAUGGCUCGUUGCCCAAACGCACCGAGAGUGUGCGGUACAUAGUCCCAGACGAACGGACUGGGGAGAGGUUGGCCGAAGGUCUGGACAGCGCUGUGCGAAAUUCUGGAGCGGACGAUACCCAAGAGUCCACAGUCCUCGGGUCCUCCCCUAACUUUGACUGGAUGGUGGCGAAGGGAAUGAUUCCUGUAAGUCAAGCAAAUGCUAUGGAAGACAUUGAGAAGUGGCUUGCUGACAAUGUGGAGGAAUGUACAACUGACAAUGAGGGCGUGACCAGUGAAGAGUUUGACAGGUUUCUGGAGGAGAGAGCAAAGGCUGGGGAGCGCCUCCCGCCCCUCAGCGGGGCCGUGCUGGACACGGGGCGCCCUCAGCAACAGCCGCACGACCAGCUUUUCACACGCUGACUGAGCGAUUGUGAGAAGUGUGGCAGGGCAAGAGGCGAAAACAGGGCGGCAACAAUAUAUUCAACUAUAUAACCAACAAUAUAUUCGCAAACGCAGACAUAUACUGAGCAGUUAGCGGACACCUGCACAUUUAAAAAAAAAAAGAAUCAUUUUGUUUGUUCAACGAUGGCCAGAGUUGUUUUGAAGACUUAUAACCGUUUCUAAGCUAAUAAACUCACCAAUAACAAAAGAGUGCAGAGAGUCCUAAAGAAUAACAUUAAAACUGGAUCACUAUGAAAUUCAGACAGCUCAAUAGAGUAAAAUUGGGGAAAUAAAAAGGUCAGUCAAUUGUUGGAAAAAACACUGCCGCCUCCCGAUGUGCAAAAGGAAUAAAAAGUUAAAUUUGAAUACUGUACUGUAGUACUCAGUCUUUUCCACAAGAAGGCGGAAUGGUGAAAGAAAAAUAUUCUACUAGGUUGUUUUUUAUGUGAACGAAGGUAUUUCUGAAUAGGGAUUUGCACUAUUGUUUUGACUGCUGCAUUUAUAGCUAUUCUUUAGUUAUUCUGAUUUUAUCAAGUGAAGGUUUGAUUUUCUAUUUUAUAAUAAGCCUGGAGUUACACGAAUAAGUCUGUGAGAUGAUAAUAUGCCACAAAAAUCACUUUAUGUGUGCUACAUUUCCGCAAAAUUAUGUACGUUGUUAUUUGAAAGUCCUUAUUAUGGGAAAUGAAUCUAUUUAUUGAGUACUGAAUAUAUUAAUCCACUAAAUUGAGGUUAGUCAGGCGUAUUAUUAUUUUAUGCAUUUGUAGUAUGUAAAUUAUUUUUCUGACUGUAAAAGUGUUUAAUAUUAACCGCGUCACUGCUGUUUUCCAAUGAUGAUUAAACUUGAAAUUAAAUUAAAAAUUAAAUUGUGAUGUUUAUUCUUUAGAAAUGGAUGCGCAUGACCAAAAAGUCGGUGUAUUUCUACAGGGACUUCAUUCAUGAUGGUGAAACUAUGGAGGCAAUACGGUAUUUUCUGCUACUGUGUCAUCUAGUUUACGCCUCCACAAUCGUAGGGGGGG